AUGCCCACAUACUCACAGCCUGACCGAUCAGCCAGAAAAUCAGCUGGCAAAGGCUUCUUCAGUCGCACCAAGGAUCGAGAUGACAUCCCACCAACACCGAGCCUCAAUGGCUCGAAGCGUGGCUCGUCGGCGGGCUAUCAGGACAUAGCGAACGUCGGCCUACGACCAUCUGGCAGCACAAUUAGCACCAUCAGCUCAGUGCCCUACUCUGCCACCUCGGAUUCCAAUACCCCAGUAUCGGUUGACUAUCUUCCACGAGAAGAUCAGGUCAGUGCAAUUCCUCCGCCGGGCCAAGCAAGCUUCGCAAGAGGUUCCGACUUCCACCAAUAUCCCAUGAUCAAUCCCUCUCAGUCAAAUGGCUCGUCGCACCCUGGAGGCCCUCGACCGCUCCUCACAAUCAAAAUAUCACAAUGGCGUCAAGUACGGGCGGAGACAGGGGAACCAGGUACCAGCAAUGGGGCAAGAGCGGGAGCAGGGAUGGCCACUCUUUCUACGACUCCGUAUCCACCACUGAAUCCUCCAAUGGUCACAGGAGGUCAUUUGACGCGGCCAGCAUAA